AUGACCGAGCCCGAAGUCCGUCGCCGAAGAAGGCCAGCUGUCUCCUGCACACUGUGCCGCCGGCGUAAGAUCCGUUGCAACCGCGAACAGCCUUGCAGCAACUGCCUGCGGUCGCGCAAGAAUGUCGCGUGUGUCUAUGAAGAGCUGCCGCCACUGCCUGGAGCAGCAACUCCAACGGCCCUCUUGACAGCACGGUCGACGGCUUCGUCGAUAACGGCAGCAUCCAUAAUCGCCAAUGUCACUGACAGUACGGAUUCGUUGUCCAAGCCUGCUGCUCGGCCACGCCCACCAAUACACACAGACGGGAUUGUCUUUCGCAAUGCCUUGCAUCAACAACAGACGCCACCAUCGGCCUCGGCCAGCGCUGCUGGCGGCCUGCCGCCACGACCUCCGCCCGGGACAACAGUCAACUCGGCUGUGUUUGGCCUUAACGGACUGAGUGUGGCCGAUAUUUCUCCGGCUGGCGACACUGGCCGUGGCGACGGCUCAUCAUCAGCUGCUGCAACAAACUCGGCCGCCAAUGCCUCUGGAAACACAAUGGCUCCGACGACGGUGUCCACGACCGUUGGUUCGUCGCCAUUCGAGUCCGACAACGUCAUGGUCCCGCCAGAGUUGAACGCGUACAACCGUGCCGCUCACGAAGCAGACCAGUCUCGUAUGGCACGCCGGUCGCACCGUUCUCACCCUGCACACUACUCACCGGAGGAUGUGCAAUCCGUGCAGGCCAUGCAGCAGCGCAUCCGCCACCUGGAGGCCCAGCUCCACGACGGGCGCCGGCAGCUAGAGCGACCGAGUCGUCAAGCCACUCGAGACAGCCGCCGUUCUCAAGGCGGCGUCCGCAGUCGCGACCACCAUGCGGAUGAGUCGGUACCCAAUCUCCCGCACAUGGUUAUGUCCGAGGCGGCUGACAACGGGCCCUUGGCAUACCUGACCAUCGAAGAACCGCCACCAACGUCGACUUGGUCGUACAACUCUCGUCGGCGUCGCCACCACCACCGGUCGUACCGCUCGCAUCAGUCGCGUGGCCGGCACCGUUCGUCACGCUGGUCGCGUUCGCGUUCGCGAACCCGAACCCGAACCCAAUCUCGAUCUCGGUCGCACCCCCCCUCGCGGUCGCGGUCGCGGUCAACGUCGCGCCAGAGACAUGGAGCACGAUCGUAUCGGUAUGCGCUCCGUCGCUCGCAGUCGCCCUAUUCGCGCUCACAAACACCAAGGUCGACAAGGCUGCCGGCACGGUCUCGGUCGCCCCACCAUGGUAGUGGCAGGUUGUAUCGCCGUCCUUACUCGCGCUCUCGGUCGCGGUCGCUUGGCUCUUCCUUGCGCGGGUCACGGUCGCCGUCGCCGCACUAUCACAGGCGCGGGCGGAGGAGGCACCACUCCCCGCAUUCCCACUCGUACUCCCAUGGCGAAUCGUCAACGUUGACGCCGGGGCAUAACCCUCUCAGCGACCGUGGCAAACACCAUCUCUGUUAUUCCAACAAUGAAUUUGAAAACAACAACAACGACCUCGCCAACGACAACCAUAAUCUCCUCACCACUACCGGUCCUGACCACCCACCCGUGCCCUCUGCCGUCAACUGGCCCACCAAGCCCAGCUCCAUUACCGGCGACUUUUUCGUCUCUACGCGCAGCCGAAGUUUUGGUCCACGCGAGCGCCGCAUGCACAUGACCAGCCGCAGCGUCAUGCACAAGACACGCUUGUUUGGCCAGAGCCACUGGGUCAAUAGCAUUGUUGGCUUCCGCGACAUCUUUGAGAUGAUUGACCCGCUCGUCACGGGCACCACGACCCCCAAGGUUUUUGUCGACAUGCAGCGCCUCAAGCACAUGGGGCGCAUCAUCAAGGCACUGCGAAUCGGCCCCGCCUGGCCGCCGCCGGCCUCUGGUCUCCACGAAUCCUAUGGGCUGCCACCGCGCGCUCUGGCCGACGAGCUCGUAGAAUGCUACCUGCGCAGCACUGAGAGUGUCUACCGCAUUCUGCACGUGCCAAUGUUUCGCCGUGAGUACGAGGCCCUGUGGCAGGCCUUGGCUGCCGGCAACCCCUUGAACAAAGCCGACAUGGCGUUUUUGGUCCAGCUCAAGCUUGUCCUUGCCAUCGGCUUUGCCACCCACCGAGAUCACAUGGCACUCCGCACCCGUGCCGUUCGCUGGUACUAUGCCGCCCAGACCUGGUUUUCUGAGCCUGAGUUCAAGGCCCACCUGACCAUGCAGGUCCUGCAAAUCCACAUCCUGUUGCUUUUUGCGCGGGAGGCCACGGGAAUUGGCGGCGCUCUCAUCUGGAUUUCCGUGGGCGAUCUUGUGCGCUCUGCCGUCUACAUGGGCCUGCACCGCGACCCGGACCGCCUGCCCAAGCGCAUGAGCCGCCUGGCUGCCGAGAUGCGCCGGCGCUUGUGGAACACGAUCCUUGAACUCGUCGUUGCGUCGAGUUUGGAUGCCGGCGGGCCAGUCAUGCUGUCCAUGACCGACUUUGACGCUCGGUCGCCGAGCAACAUUGACGAUGAGACCCUCGAGGAGAGCGUGCUGGCCGGAUCUACUGUGGCGAAGGCGGCAGUCGCCGCAGCGGCCACCACCACCACCACCACCACCAACAAUAACGACACAACCUCAAAGUCGCUGCCAGAAGGAGAGGAGCCUCUCCAGCGGCUGGGUGGUCUCGAGUCCGCUCAUAUCGUCGUUACAACGCCGGCUGAUCCCCGUGCGCCCUCAGAUAGUCGUGCGAAUAAAAACUAUAUUGACGACGGGGGCAACAUGCAUGGGUUGCCCGAGCCGACAUCGCUUUCUGAAUUGCUCGAGCAACAGAAGCACUCGAACGGGAAAUGGAUUUCUGGCGGUACCGGGGUGACCAAGAUGGAUCGCCCUGGCGAUGACGGCAAUAACACGCGUAGGGGCCGGCAGAAAAAUGACCAUGUUGAAGAGAGCCGGACGCCACGCAAACCGCCGGCGCAAAUCUGUAUGGUACUGCGGCAGGCUCGCGAAGUCACGCCACAAGGCCAACCAAGCGGUGGUGAUGAUGACAGACAAGCAGCGCAGGAUGAAGGUGCCUCCCGCGCCGCUGCUGACUCUGGCGCACCGGAUGCACCGCGCCCUUCACAUAAGUUCACCAGCAUGUCUGUCGCUGUGGCCCUCCGCAAGACACUACCUCUGCGCUUGGCCAUUUGCCAGUUCCUCAACGAUAUGGGCCCUCCAGGAACGUACGCCGACACCUUGCGCUUUGAUCGCCAGUUCCGCGUGGCCUACCGCGCCCUUUUUGACACUCUGCAGGCAUACAGCGCGGCCUCGAAAGAACCCGAUCCCGCCAACCCAUCUGGCACUGAAUCGACUUCUUCGCCGCCACGGACCACGUUCGACCAUUAUACGAUCGCCGUAGUCCACCUCAUCAUGCGUCGGUAUUUACUGUGCCUGCACAUCCCCUUCUUCGGUGCCUCGAUGCAGGAGCAGACGGCCUAUGCUUACUCGCGUCGUGUUGUGAGUGACACAGCUGUACGGAUCUGGAACGCAAGCUGCCCGGGUAUUGUAGACAGCAGCGUAGCGACGGUUGACGCCGCCGAAUGUGCCGCCGAUGAGGCCUGCCAAGCGCAAGCGGCUUCGUCAUCAGCGGCCCCUCGACCUGGACGCACAUUUGUCGACCCGGCACUCGCCCGCCAGACCAUGCUCGGUGCCGGUCCAUUGCGUCGGCUCGCUAUGCAGGCUAGCUUGCUGGUGGCUGCCGAGGUCAAGUUCCAGCUCAUCGAAGACGACACCGAUGGUACCGGAGCUUCCGGUGUAACUGCCACAGGACGCGCCCCUAUCCGACCGGAUUUGCUAUCCAUCAUCGAGACUGCCUUGCACUGGUGUCUGCGGGGCAUCGAGGGUGGCGAGACCAAUUUCAAGGGCUAUCUGUUAUGGCGCCUCGUCGAGAAGCAGCUCAACGGCAUGCAGCGCGGCUUGAUGAGUGCGCCGAGUUCCACGGCUGAAUCACGCAUGGCGCUGGCGCAUGAGCUCGUCCAGGUUGCCGAAGAGGCCCAGAGCUUGUGCAUGCCGAUUCUCGAGAGCAUGAUGGCCCGGGGCAUUCAAGAGGCAGCUGCGUCGGCAUCGGUGACUGGCGGCAGCGUGAGUGGGCCGGGCACCGAGGUGGACAGCCUCGUGCGCAUGUGCCGCAUCGAAGACUGCCCAUGCCACGGCAUGUACCGGCAGCUUUUGCAGCAGCAGCAGGAGCAGCAGCAACAGCAGGCCCUGGAAGCAGCCCAACUGGCCGAGCAGCAGCAGCUGCUGCAAAACAUACCGACGCAAGCAUCGUUUAUGCCCGGCAUUCAGCCGUCGCUGGACCCCAUGUCGAUGGACUUUACCGUCGACAACUAUGAGUUUAUCAUGCCGGACGCGCAGUCGCUCAACAUCGGCAGUGGCGAGCCGUUGAGUUGGCUGUUUGAUGGGGAGCCGACACAGGGCAUUUUAUGGUGA